UUACAAAGUUGAAUUGAUUGGCUUCUUACUAAAGAAAUCAUGAAGUGGUCUAGCAGUUUAAGCAGUUCGUGUUUUUGUCAGCGCUAGUUUUAGUUUUGAUAGAUGCUAACGACAUGCUGACUGCCGUGUUAACUAGUACACUGUAGCCGUAUGGAGUGAGAUUGGCUGUCGAGAUUUGCAAAAUUAAGUGCUUGCACUGAAGUAAUUUCGCUUUUUAGCACGGUCGAUCAAGCCCAGUAAUGAUUCGCAACUCAUCGACCCACUGCUCGCAAGCAAAGCCUACGUUAAAAGAUGCUUUGCGCGCUGCCUGUGCGGCCCCUGCACCGGCUAACGUCGGUAAAAGUGAAGACGAGUUGUUCGCAGAGCUCUACGUUUCCCCCAGCAAGCAACCGGACGCUGAAGGUUCAGUUCCUCGCUUUCACUACAAACUGCCUUCUGACGACAACGUGCUGUCGCAGAAAUUGAGGGGGGAGGCUCGCGCACUGCUUCUAGAGCGACGUAACGCCGAACUUUUGGACCACGACGAGCUGAAGACGCUCAUGGACGAAUUGGCCAUUGUGUCCUCUCCUCCGAUCGUUCAUGAAAAAGCGAUGCUCAACUACGCAGAUUUCAAGAAAGUGUCGAAACGCUGUGGGGAAAAGUGUCGGUCGUUCUUCACUGCCAAGGUGUUCGCCAAGUUGUUGCAAAAGGACCCGUACGGCCGAAUAUCUGUGGAUGACUUCUUCAACUACGUCAUGAAGAAGGUGUGGAUGCAGCAGUCUCGUGUUAACCUUUCUUUGUACGAUGUUUCAGGCCAAGGCUACCUAAGAGAGAUUGACCUAGAAGCAUACAUAAAGGAUCUUAUACCCAGCUUGCCUCAGAUUAACGGCAUUGAGCAAACGUUUCACUCUUUCUAUGUGUGCACAGCUUUGCGGAAGUUCUGCUUUUUUCUCGAUCCCUUGCGGACUGGAAAGAUAAAGAUACAGGAUAUCCUAUGUUGCUCAUUCCACGACGACCUUACUGAGCUGCGAAGCGACAAGCUUACCAGUACAAAUUUGGACACGAACUGGUUUUCCGCCACAUCGGCCCUCAAAGUUUACGGCGACUACCUCAAUUUGGACAGGAACCGUAACGGGAUGUUAAGCAAAAGUGAGCUGGCCAGGUAUGGCAAGGGAACACUGACGCAGGCAUUCAUUGACAGAGUUUUUCAGGAGUGUCAGACGUAUGACGGGGACAUUGACUACAAGACGUACCUCGACCUUGUCUUAGCCUUGGAAAACCGCAAAGAGCCGCAGGCACUGCAGUUUUUCUUUCGUAUUCUAGAUAUCAAUGGUCGUGGUUACCUGGAUGUCUUCUCACUCAACUACUUCUUCCGAGACAUCCAGGAGCAGAUGAGGAAACAUAACCAGGAGCCUGUCAAGUUUGAGGAUGUGAAAGAUGAAAUCUUUGACAUGGUGAAGCCAGAGGACCCGUGCAAAAUUACUCUUAAGGAUCUUAUACGUUGUGGUAAAGGCAGCACAGUAGUCAGCAUCCUCAUCGACGUCAAUGAAUUCUGGGCCUAUGACAACAGGGACACACUGGCUGCAGAUGUCUGAUUGCUACAUGACCAGCGUUAAGUUGUUUUCUCUGUGUAUGUUGGACUUCAUGUGGUGAUAGCAUUAACAGUAUUGGUUAGCUGCUGGCCUGUUUCCACUUAUAUCUUAAUACCUUCAGGCGCCAAAUUAUUUAGAUUUAACAUGUUUCAUGCAUCUUCAGCAUCAUUAAGCUAAACUGCGCAUUAUUGCCCAGUUCUGUUGCUUUUUUAUAAUAAAUUCUGAUUCUAAUUAAACAUCUGCAGUAGCAAAACAGACUUGAAAUCCAAAAUUUUAAUAACCUUUCUUGAAUUCACAGAUAUGGGCACUUCAUGCCUGAGGUCUUAGAAGUACUGUUGGUGUGAAAAGAAAAGUCUCAAGUAGUUGAGGGUGACGUACACAGUGAUCUAUUCAAUAGCAGGCUUUAACAAAGCAGAAAUUCAGAAUUUUUGUAAAGCCCAUGCCCCAUGAACUACUCACACUAUCUGUACACAAAGUGCAGGAACCAUAUCAAUUAUUUCAUAUGAAUUGUGCUCGGAAAACAGUUGGCCGCUUUGGAAAUUUACCUACUGUAAACCAUUACUGUCAAAAACAACUAAAUAACAAAAACAAACCGCUACACAACAACGUAGCUCCACAGCAAACACAGAAAGUGGCACGUUUGUAACUUUUUUUUUCUUAUAUUGGAACACUUUUCACCAACAUGUUUGGUGCAUAUAAUAAAUCUUAGAGCACAGGUCCAA